AUCCAUUCGACAGUGAGUGCCUGGCCUUCGUGCUUGCACAUCGGCAGGCCUCGGGAACCAGGCUAAAUCGGGGCCUAUCGAGUAUAAAUACAAAAUGAAUUACGUCAAGCACCACCUUCCUCCAGACUCUUUGAUUAGUCACAGACGAGGACUUAGUAGUUUAAUUUGAGAUUAUUCUCAUCCCCACUCUUAAUUUUCAAAAUGAGGGAAUGCAUCAGUAUCCAUGUUGGCCAGGCUGGAGUCCAGAUGGGCAAUGCAUGCUGGGAACUUUACUGUCUGGAGCAUGGAAUCCAGCCAGAUGGUCAGAUGCCCAGUGACAAGACGAUAGGAGGGGGAGAUGACUCCUUCAACACCUUUUUCAGUGAGACUGGUGCAGGCAAACAUGUGCCCAGGGCUGUAUUUGUUGACUUAGAGCCAACAGUUGUAGAUGAAGUGCGUACUGGAACAUACCGUCAGCUAUUCCAUCCAGAGCAGCUGGUGACAGGAAAAGAAGAUGCUGCCAACAAUUACGCUCGUGGACAUUACACCAUCGGCAAGGAGAUUGUGGACCUGGUCCUGGACAGAAUCCGUAAACUGGCAGACCAGUGCACAGGACUUCAGGGAUUCCUCAUCUUCCACAGCUUUGGUGGUGGAAGUGGAUCUGGAUUCACCUCACUCCUCAUGGAACGUCUCAGUGUAGACUACGGCAAAAAAUCCAAACUGGAAUUUUCCAUCUAUCCAGCUCCCCAAGUAUCUACGGCAGUAGUAGAGCCUUACAAUUCCAUCCUGACCACCCAUACGACUCUGGAGCACUCGGACUGUGCUUUCAUGGUGGACAAUGAAGCCAUCUACGACAUCUGUCGCCGUAAUCUGGACAUCGAGCGCCCAACUUACACCAACUUGAAUCGUUUGAUAGGUCAGAUUGUUAGUUCCAUUACUGCCUCCCUGCGUUUUGAUGGUGCCCUCAACGUAGAUUUGACUGAGUUCCAGACCAACUUGGUGCCGUACCCUCGUAUCCAUUUCCCUCUGGCUACCUAUGCUCCAGUCAUCUCUGCAGAAAAAGCCCACCAUGAACAACUUUCAGUCGCUGAAAUCACCAAUGCCUGUUUUGAACCAGCUAACCAACUCGUCAAAUGCGAUCCACGUCAUGGCAAGUACAUGGCAUGUUGCAUGCUAUACAGAGGAGAUGUUGUGCCUAAAGAUGUCAAUGCGGCCAUUGCCACCAUCAAGACCAAGCGUACCAUCCAGUUUGUGGACUGGUGUCCCACUGGGUUCAAGGUUGGCAUCAACUACCAGCCACCCACAGUUGUCCCAGGAGGUGACCUGGCCAAGGUCCAGCGUGCCGUGUGCAUGUUGAGCAACACCACUGCCAUUGCCGAGGCCUGGGCCCGUCUGGAUCACAAAUUUGACCUGAUGUAUGCCAAGCGAGCCUUUGUCCAUUGGUACGUAGGGGAGGGUAUGGAGGAGGGAGAAUUUUCUGAGGCUCGUGAAGAUCUGGCUGCACUAGAGAAGGAUUAUGAAGAAGUUGGUGUGGACUCAGUGGAAGGUGGUGAAGAUGAAGAGGGGGAGGAGUAUUAAGAGACUAGUCAAUUUGAGUGAGAUUAUUUCCUAGAUCUGGAAGUCUUUUAUUUUCAGCUAUAUUAGCUUGUGAUUUUUAAUAUAUCAUUCGACCACAAGGAUUUAAAUCUGACAAAGACUAAAUUAAACCAAAUGAAAACUGCUGACAAUAAAUUAUCAAAAUUUUCUGAAA